CGGGUCCACCUCGCCCCCAAGGUCAGGGCCCCGCCCCCUCGCUUUCCGGCCCUGGGGCGGGAGGCGGGGCCACGACCUGGGGCCGGGUGGGGCGAUGCGUGUCCCAGCGGGGUGCCUGUGGCUGGGGCAAAGUUCCAGGCGGACGGCUCCUGGCCCAGUCGCGCAGCCCUCCAAUUCCCCGCGGCCCAUGUAGCGAGCGGGCCUAGCGCGCUUGCUUCGUCCCUCCGCGGGCGGAACUCCCAGCUCCGCCCGCAGCCUGAGAAGAGUCGCUGGCCGUGGUCGCCGCCAGGAAUCUUCAUAAACUAUUGAGAUUAAUACUCUGUUAAAGAAGGUAGAAAGGAGUUAUUUGCACGAUAAUCUGUGCAUGUCUUCGAUAUCUGUCAACAAAUUCCAAGAAGAAUAGAAUUGAGAACUUAAAAUCAUAAAGGAUAUUUCUACAUCUUGAAGAUAAAACAAAAAUCUUCUACUUUGGGAUAGAUGGAUUUUUGUGACUUUCUGUGAACUAAAGCUAUUCAAUGUCUCUUUUGGAUUGUUUCUGCACUUCACGAACACGAGUUGAAUCACUCAGACCUGAAAGGCAGUCGGAUACCAGUAUUCAUCAAUACUUGGUUGAUGAGCCAACCCUUUCCUGGUUUCCUCCUCCUCCUACUAGAGCCAGUGAUGUGAUAUGUUCCACCAAUGUUUCUCACUAUGAACUUCAAGCGGAAAUAGGAAGAGGAUUUGAGAACUUGACUUCUGUCUACCUUGCACGGCAUACUCCUACAGGAACACUGGUGACUAUAAAAAUUACAAACCUGGAAAACUGCACUGAAGAACGCCUGAAAGCUUUACAGAAAGCAGUGAUUCUAUCCCACUUUUUCCGGCACCCCAAUAUAACAACUUAUUGGACAGUUUUCACUGUUGGCAGCUGGCUUUGGGUUAUUUCUCCAUUUAUGGCCUAUGGUUCAGCAAAUCAACUCUUGAGGACUUACUUUCCUGAAGGAAUGAGUGAAACUUUAAUAAGAAACAUUCUUUUUGGAGCAGUGAGAGGGUUGAACUAUCUGCACCAAAAUGGCUGUAUUCACAGGAGUAUUAAAGCCAGCCAUAUCCUCAUUUCUGGUGAUGGCCUAGUGACCCUUUCUGGCCUGUCCCAUCUGCAUAGUUUGAUUAAGCACGGACAGAGGCAUAGGGCUGUGUUUGAUUUCCCACAGUUCAGCACAUCAGUGCAGCCGUGGCUGAGUCCAGAACUCCUGAGACAGGAUUUACAUGGAUAUAAUGUGAAGUCAGAUAUUUACAGUGUUGGGAUUACAGCCUGUGAAUUAGCCAGUGGGCAAGUACCUUUCCAGGACAUGCACAGGACUCAGAUGCUGUUACAGAAACUGAAAGGUCCUCCUUAUAGCCCAUUGAAUAUCAGAAUUUUUCCUCAGUCAGAUUCCAGAAUGAAAAAUUCCCGAUCAGGUGUAGACUCUGGGAUUGGAGAAAGUGUACUUGUGUCCAGUGGAACGUGCACAGUAAAUAGUGACAGACUGCAAACGCCAUCCUCAAAAACUUUCUCUCCUGCCUUCUUCAGUUUAGUGCAACUCUGUUUGCAACAAGACCCUGAGAAAAGGCCAUCAGCAAGCAGUUUAUUGUCCCAUGUAUUCUUCAAAAAGAUGAAAGAGCAAAGCCAGGAUUCAAUACUUUCACUGUUGCCUCCUGCUUACAACAAGCCAUCAAUAGCAGUGCCUCCAGUGUUACCUUGGACUGAGCCAGAAUGUGCCUUUCCUGAUGAAAAAGACUCAAACUGGAAAUUCUAGAGCUGCCAAAUCAUUUUAUGUCCUACAUACUUGACACUUUCUCCCUGCUGCUUUUUCUUCUGUAUUACUAGGUACAAAUACCAGAAUUAUACUUGAAAAUACAGUUGGCACACUGGAGAAUCUAUCAUUUUAAACCACUUUGUUCAAAGGGGUAUGCUUAUAGCCCCCUCAUUUAUCUCAGAGUGCUAUCAUAACUCCAGGGAAACUUCAGAAUUAUUAAUCUAGCAUCUAGCUACAAAUUUAGUGUCCUCUGUUCUUGAAUUUUUUCUGUAAGCUGUGACUAACUCCUUUCUUGAUCUCUCAGUAUAGUUUUUGAGCCAGUUAUUUUCUUCAGCAUUUUGCUGCCCUUGGUGGAUUGAGCCCUCAGAGAGCGUAUUUUUUUUUUCCCCGAGAUCCUGUGGUCUUUUUGAUCAGCUAUUGUUAAAUCGAUAGGCUAAGUUUAUUCUGGCACUUUUUGGUACAAGGGAAAAUGUUUAUACUUUCCUAUUUUCUACUGUUGGUACUUAUGGUAACAUCAAACUGAGCCUCAGUCAGAUUAAAUGAUUCACUUGAAAUACAUAGAGAAGUUGUGAUUGGCUUUUUUAACUACUUAUAUAAAUUAUCAAUCAGAAAUUAAUGCACCUUGUGGGAGCUUAAUAAAGAUUUAUUGAAUUGUG